GGGAGGAGGGACCCGGCUUGAAGGGGCUGCGCGACGGAGCUGGACGUGGGGGCAGCUUCAGGGGUGAAGAAGCCCGUCUGAGGACAAGGGGCCAAGUCCAGAACGAGGAUGCACACUGAGAAUAGUAGCUGUUGCUGGGAAGAGGGGGCUGCAACUUGACCCGGGAGGAGAGUGAGUCUUAGGCCCCAAGAUGGAGCUGACAGAGCCCCCACCAGGCGCAGCAGUGCAGAAGGAGGAGCAGGAAUUGUUGGAUCGAACCUUCUUCUCUUGGGCUGAGUUCACCCGCUUCUUCGACAAGUGGUGCCAGCAGCGGCUGGUGGUCUUCUCAGUGAAGAGCUCCACACAUGUGACCCGGAGCCCCUGGGCCAGCACGCCCCCACUCUACAGGCUCCUCCACGUGCUCAAGUACAGCUACGUGCUGCUGGUGUGCAAGAAUGUGCGCAUGCCCAACCAGUCCACAGCAUGGCCUCCCCAGCCCAGCUGCCCAGCCUUCAUCACUAUCAAGCUGAGCCCUUUGCGGGAUCGACUCAUGGUGUCCGAGUGCCAGCUGACCCACUCGCACCCAGCCUGCCCACGCGAGUUCGCCUAUCACUUCCGCCCGGGCCACUUGCUGGCCAAUGCCUGCCUGCCAGUCCGCAUCACCAACCAGAUCUCCAAGCAGUUUGUGGCCCUUGCUGAUGUGCGCCGCCUGCUGUCCCACUGCAAGGGCCCAGACCACGGGGUCCUGGAUGCCCUGCGAGUGCUUGAGGGGCUCUUCCGCACAGACCCGGAGGCCAAGGUGAAGCUCGUGUUCGUAGAGGACCAAGCGAUGGUGGAGACAGUGUUCCUCCUGACGUCACGCACCAGGGCUCUGCUGCGGCGCUUCCCGCGCAUCCUGUUAGUGGACCGGCUGCCCGGGCUGCAGGGUGCGCUGGAUCUGAUGGCAGUGCUGUGUGUGGAUAGCGCGGGCCGUGCGCGCCAGACUGCCUGUUGCGUAGCGCGCCCCGGCACACCCAGCCUGCUGAGGUUCAUGCUGGUCUCUCUGCUGCAAAGUGCUCCAGACGUGAAAGGCCGUGUACGCUGCCUCACAGCUGGACCGGAGGUGGCCGGGCAGCUGCGUGCAGUUCGCCAGCUGUUGCCGUGUGCGCGCGUGCAGAUCUGUCGAGCUCAGGGUCUGGAGACGCUCUUCAGUAAGGCACAGGAGUUGGGCGGUGCCAGCCAGGAGGAUCCAGACCUGUGGCCACUCCUCUGCCGCCUAGCCGAUUCAAAGUCCUAUACAGCUUAUAGCGAGGCGCUGGCUGAGCUGCGUUCCCAGGCUCCAACUGCCUUCAUCAGAUACUUUGAGCAUAACUGGGCACCCCGCCACGACAUGUGGGUACGUUUCCGUGCCUACGAAGCAACCCGUGACCUGGAUGCCUGUGCUCUAGUGCGUGGUCAUCGAAGGCGACUUCUGCGCCGCCUCAACCCCUCACACAGUGUGGCUCAGUGCCUUCGCGACCUCGUAGCCAUGCAGUGGGCUGAUGCGACUGGAGAGGCAGCCUCCGAGGGUGCUCACGGUGACAGAGUGUUACUGGAGAGCGAGCCCAGGAAUAGGGCACAGAUGGAGAAAGAGAAGGUGAGGGGUUCAGAGGCCAGCAACUGGGGAAGGCCUGAGCGAGAAAGUGAGAAGGGGAAGGGACUACAGUUGAGAGAUGGGCAAGGAGUCUGGUCAGAGAGUCAGAAGGUGAAGGGACGUGAAGGGACAGGAGCCCCGCUGGAAAAAGAGCGCUUGAGAGGGCCAGAGGUCAGAGACUGGAGGGGAACCGAACUGGGGGAUGGAAGGGCUAGGGUGCCGGGGCCCACAGACCGGAAAGGCACCCAUGUUGAGUCUGAGAAGACCAAAGGUCUUGAAGGAAGUCCCUGGAGGGCUGUCAGAUUGCAAGAGGAGCCGGCACAUCUGCCGAAACCUCGAGAUUGGAAAGGGCCUCAGUUUGAGAUGGAGAAGGGGUUAGACAUUAGGAAGUGGAGGGAGGUCCAUGUGGAAAAGCCCUUAGAGUUGGUCCCCGAGAAUGGAGAUCAGAGGGGAUCUCAGUGGGUCGGUGAGGGGCAAAAAGGGUCAGAGAUUGCAGAGGAGAGAGAUGGGAGGUUUCCAGUCAAAAGGAGACGGGGCCUCGAGGACAUCGUUGUUGUUCAUUUGGAGGAUGCAAGAGCUACAGGCAUAGCAAAUGGAGACGAAGGGGAACCCCAAACUAUCGGUUCCAAGAAUGGAGGACAGCAGAUGGAAUUUGGGGGCCCAGGGCUGAGGAAUGGUGUACCAUGCACCGCUCCUGUGAAGACUGUGUUGGAAGGCAACCCAGAAUGGGCAGUGGCAAGGGUCGAGUCCCUGGCCACAGGGGAGAUAGUAAAAGGAAGAGGUGGAGAAGGCCCAGGGGAACCGAAGAAGCCUUGCCGCCCCUGCAGAGACGAGGGGGUGGACUGCGAGCCACUAGCCAAGUUCCGAGCAGCCUGUGGGCCAGAGCUGGCAGACCUAGUGGCCGAGGAGCUGGCUUUCGCCAGGCAGCACGGGACCCGAGGUUUCCACUGGACUGGAGCCGGCUUUGCCCUUAAGGAUGGCACCUCAGACUUCUUCCUGGAUGGGGCCCUGACACACUGCAGCUGCUCGAUCCAUGCUGCCAGGCGCCUGCCCUGCAGACACCUCUUUGCUGCACGUCUCCUCACAGGGGCAGCCUUGUUCCACAUGGACCUACUCAGAGAUUGCUGGGGGAGAUCCCAGGAACCCUGACCCUGUGCACCUCUGUCUGCUACCCUCCACGUGGAGGGCAGAAACAUAUUCUUUGAUCCCAAAGAUAACAGGGCUCACGCCCAAUGGGCCAUCCCAGCCCUUCUAAUCACCUGAGUCAUCAAAGGACCUCCUCUUGGCCCUCUUCCUCUACAUCCUAGGGGAUGCUGGCCAUGGUCUCUUGAGAUCCUGGAGCCACACCUGUGGGGAGUGCUAACGGCCGGCCGGGGCACAUUGAAAGGAUGUUGCUCUGGAGAAGAAAUGCAUAAGGAGAGGCGUAGACAGGAAAAGGACAGAGCCAGGGCAGGGGUAUUCUCAGUGGAGGUCGUGAGCAGAAGCCAAGGUACAGGGACACUAAAGGAAGUAAAGACUGAGGACCCUGGGGGCUACACGAUCGAAACGGGAGAAUCCAGGGAGAAUGAACAAGACUAAGAGACGGGGAGAAAAGAUAGGAGGAGGGAGGGCCAGAGAUAGGACUGGGGAAGUGGAGUGCUGGAGAAGAGAGGGUGGUAACGGGAGGAGACAAUUUUGAAAGGACAUGACAAAGCAUAGGAAAAGAAAAGAGGAUAGGAUGACCUAGGGACUUGGCUGUUUCUCAGGGUGGGGCAGGGGAAAUGGCUCUGAAGAUCUACUGGUAUAACCUAAAGACUGCCUCAGAGGGAAGGGAACUAAUUGAACGACUGUGCUUUGAGAUUGAAAUAAACAGCAUUAUUUUG